AUGAACGAAGACUUCGGCUUCUCCUUCGCGCAACCCUCUCAUGCACCGAAGAAUCCCUUCGAAUCACUCCCUGCUCUCAGGCAAGCCUCCCAUAGCAGCCUUCCCGAAGCUUCAAACUCCAACGCCUCUACUCAAGCGACAUCUACUACUCCUCUCUUCGGCGCAAGGUCGCGAGGCAUGUUCCCCUUUCGACCGACGGCUCCUCACCCCCUCGCCCAGAGCACGUUGCCGCAAGAUAGUCCAUCCAGCAGGGGAUCGAGCACGACUGACGGUGAAUCUGCAUCUGCCAAGAAGGACGCUGAGAAGGAUCUCGGUCUGGGCAGGGGGGGUAUUGGCGGCGAGAGGAAGUUUUUCCAACCACCAGCGAGAGAUGGUCACGCCCCGCCUGUCAUUCAACGCAAGGCACCAUCCGAACGAGAGCCUGAACUUCAUCAUGGCAUCAAGCCUUCCCCAGCUCGUCAGGCUUCGUAUCAUGCAGUGCCUAUCGCACCCUGUCCGGUUCGACAGCCUGCUAGUCAUGUCCCGCCUGCUUCCCGAUCGUCCCAUUCUGUCGCUCACCCUGCUCCCAAAGGCCAUUCCCGAGGCUGGGGCGAUCCCCCCUUCAAGCACCAGCAACCGAGUGUAGAAGACGUUCCCGACCGAGAGGGCGGCCAAGGCUUGCAAGACACCCAUCGCGCUCCCUCUCGACCCACUCGACCGAGCUUUGAGUAUAAACCAAUGGACACCAGCGAGUCUCAUCAGUAUGCUCGAGGAGCCGAAGACAGUGGAAGCGAUCCGUCUUCUAUCGAUACUGCUGUACAAGUAGGCUCGUCCACCGCUGCCCAUCGGAAAUCUCAUCUCUCCACCGAUGAAUAUCGCUCCCCCCAGCCCAAAGCUUCAUCUCACAUACUCGACUCACCCUCAUCCGUCGUCUACCUCGACCCCAAGGCGCAAGACGGCACACCUGGUCAACAAAUGCAGCAGCCUCAGACGCUUGCGCACUCUGUCAGGCAAGGUCAGCAUAGCAUGCAAUUCCAGCCUUCUCCUCCGCAGGCGAGAGGCGUGCGGCAGCCGGAGUCGUCACCUUCGCACCCCUUGAGCGAUGCUCAGCGGCCUCAGAAGAUAGGCCUGCAGAGAGCCCAGCAGGAGGCGACUAAGACGGUAGAGAGGGCAGGAACAGUGCACGGUCACGACAAAGACGUCACGGCGGGGAGAGGAGAGAGGGACCAAGCUGGUAGCUCGGAGCAAGUUCUGUUGAGUUUGUUGCAGACGAAGAACGGUGAGAUCGAUGGUCUCCGAGGCAAUAUCCGCAACUACCAGAAGCUUCUUCAACAGAAAGAGUCAAGCCACAAUGACCUCGUCAGCCAACAUCAGCGCCUCGUUGGGUCAUACGCCAAAGACGAGGAAACUUGGAAGACCAGCAUGGGGAGUGCUAAGCGCUGGAAGGACAAUGUGAAGCAGAAAGAGUAUUCCAAAUCCCAAGCGAUGCAAGCACUUCAAGAGAGCUACGCCGAGCAAAGCAGUUCUUAUCAGCAAUCGCUGGAAGAUUUGUCUCGAGAGCUUAGCGCGUUCAAGUCUACGACUUUAGAAGAGACUCAGCAGGAGUUAUCCGGCCAUGCCUCCACCAUCGGUAACAUACGCGAAGCUCUCAAUCAAGUCAAGCAAAGUCUGACUUCUCACGACAUUGCUGUCGAGGAGCUGCAGAACGUGAAAGCAACGAAAGAGGCUCUCGAGAAAGCGUUGAACGAGAAGAGUAUAGAGCUAGAUGAUGCGAAGGCGAAACACUCAAACAUGGAGCUCAAACUUCGAGAGUACGAAGAGACUGUCGGGCCAGACAUCAAGUCGGUCUUGAGCAACCUCGAGUCCAUGAAAGUCAACUCGACACUCGAAUCGGCGGCUCUGCAAGAUACUCUUCACUCCUUACACGAGCAAAGCGACAAGCUGAUUCAGAAGGAGAAGGACUAUAUCAUGCUUCAAGCCGACUACCGUUCUCUCCAGUCAUCCAAAAAAUCAGUCGAUGAGCAGAUAUCUGAAGUUGAAUCCUUCCUGAGCGAUCUUGGAUGCGCCAAUAGAGGAUUAGUGUGCAUGAUAGAAGAGCUGGAGGAGACACAUGCUUCCGCAAUCGCUAAAAGUGCGAAGGAGAUCGAAGAGAAAGAGAAGCAGGCAGCGGACUUACGAUCAACACUCGAGAACGUUAAGAAAGAGCUCGAGACGGCCCAGGCUCGUAUCUCGGAACUACAAGAUAGCUCGAAACUGCAAGACAACAUUAACGAAUCCCUCGCCGACUCGAAUGCUGAACUCAAAAAUCAAGUCGUCUCUUUGCAGGAAGCUGCGAAAGUACAGGGAGAGAAGGAACGGGCGUUGAAGCAGGAAAUAGAGGAGCUGAGGGAUGCGAAGCAGGCUUUGAGUGAUCGUUCAACGGCGCUCGCACAGAAAGUUCAAAAGGCAGAGUUGCGUUUGCAAGCCGCGCAGACGUCUCUGAAGGACAGUCGGAAGUCCGAAAAUCAUCUCGAGGCCCAAGUCUGUACGCUCUCAAAGCAGCUCGAAGCACACCUCAAACAGCAAAGCGAUACAAGUCUCAAGAGCGAACAGAAUGACGCCAUCGAGCUGCAGCGCGCCAACACCCAGAUACUGCAAAAAGAUCACGCUAUCUCGUCGAUCCAAAGCUCUCUCGACAAUGCUCAUCGAACGAUCGACGAAUUGAACGACGAGAUCCGCAAGCUGAGGGCCGGGUUCGAACAAGUGUCUAGCGAGAAUGCGCGGAUUAGGAAAGAGGUUGAUGAACAGGCUGAGGGGGGGAUAGAUUUAAUCGAGAGAUGGGAGAGGGAUCAGCUUUCGGCGGAUGAGGUUGUCAUGGUUCAGCGAGUCACUCAGCAGAUCAAACGAGGUGAACAAGCUUUCUAUCGACAAGAGCUCGACGAGAAAGGUGAGACAUAUCUACUGGAAGCGCGCUGCAAGAAGCUCGAAUCGCAGAUAUCAUCGCUUCCACAUGUCAAGAUGUCCAACAACAUGGCGGCGCCCGUGGCCCCUCUGGGUGUCACCGAAACUGUGGCCGUAAUCUCGCCUUACACGAGCUCGUCGACGAGUACUGUACAUGCAGGCAAGACUACCUCUCCACACUCGCCUACCAAGCACACCGAAGACUCAAAGACGUCCUUCUACUCUCCCCUCGGCGCCAAGUCAUCGACCGCUUUCCUUUCCGAAACGCCUUUCAACUCGACUAUUGGAAAGAAAAGGAGACUGCUGGAUGCUGAUGUUGACAGCGAGGAAAACACUACUGUUAUGGGGAAUGAUACGGUCAACGACGAGAUCGAUGCGAGCGUGAACGAGGCUACUCUCAACAUUCCCCCAUCGACACAGGCGCGUUCGAGCACGCAGUCUGUCACUAAGCCCCAGAAGAAGACUCGGUUUGCUGAUAUCCUCCACUCAUCUACUCCACCCGACUCGUUGCCCGAGGACAUGGAUGACCCCAUCGAGCCCGCCACUUCGCAGCCCCAGUCCCAGUCCCAGGGCAAGCAGCGCGAUGGACUUCCGCCUCCUUCUCAGAUGCCCAAGACGUACAAGAAGGGUAAGACAGGGAGUAAGAGCAAGGUGGACAGUGGGGUUCAAGGAGGAGGAGCGAGCAGUGGGGGAGGUGACGCGAGAAAGUUGAGGGGGGGAAGGAAAUCUCAUUAG